AUGGCAAUCGAUAAGACUUGGGUGACCAUGAGAAAUCGUAAGGAUCCAGCUUACUGGGAAGGUCUCCAAGUCUUUAUGGAACUUGCGUCUAAACACAAGGAUUGUGACGGAAGAAUUUUCUGUCCUUGUGUUAAAUGCAAGAAUACUAGAUUGCAUCCUUUGAAUACUGUGGAGGCACACAUCUUUACAAAGGGUUUCGAGAGCAGCUAUGAGAGGUGGAUUUACCAUGGAGAGCCAGAUGAACCUGUCGAGGCUAACAUCAAUGUCGAUGCGGAUGAGAUGGCUGGUGUAAUUGAAGAUUUCUUCCCUCCUAUAGAUGACGACGAAAGAGCUGGUGAUGAUGAAAUGCAGAGGGGUCAGUAUUAUGAUGACAUGUUUGAGGAGAUUGAGGCACAGUUGUAUCCUGGUUGCGAUUGGAUAUCCUCCCUCAACUUUAUAGCAAAGUUGAUGCACUUGAAAAAUUUGGGAAAAAUACCAAAUUAUAUCUUUGAUGAAUUGUUGAAGUUGUUGAAGUUUGCAUUUCCGAAGGAGAAUAAAAUUCCUGCAACACACUAUGAGGCGAAGAAGAAAUUAGGAAAAUUAGGAUUAGGGUACGAAUCAAUCCACGUGUGCGUGAACAAUUGUUGUUUGUUUCACAAUGAGCAUGCCUCGAAAGAUUUUUGCCCGGUGUGCGGGACCAGUAGAUGGAUUAAUGAGGAGACAAGCGGAAAAAAAGUAGCGCAUAAAGUGAUGCGCUACUUUCCGCUGACUCCUCGAUUGAAAAGAUUAUACAGUUCAAGACAUACAUCCAAAGAGAUGGUAUGGCAUCGUACUGGUCGUGUGAGAGAAAAUGGUGUUAUGCGUCAUCCUGUUGAUUCUGCCGCGUGGAAAGACUUUGACUCCAGACAUCCUGAUUUUGCAAGAGAUCCUCGGAAUGUUCGCCUAGGCUUAGCUGCUGAUGGAUUUAAUCCUUUUGGCAACAUGAGCCUCUCGUAUAGUAUGUGGCCUGUAGUGUUGGUGAAUUACAAUUUGCCACCUUGGAUGUGUAUGAAGGAUAACAAUUUCAUGUUGAGUCUCCUUAUUCCCGGACCGAAGUCACCCGGUAAGGACAUGGAUGUCUUUUUAAGGCCAUUGGUGGACGAGCUGAACGCAUUGUGGACUCAGGGUGUUGAAACAAGAGAUGCUACAACCAACUCAAUGUUCAACAUGCGCGCAGCUCUUCUUUGGACAAUUAAUGAUUUUCCUGCCCGUAGUAGCUUGUCCGGAUGGAGUGGACAGGGAUAUAAAGCCUGUCCUACUUGCAACGAGGAUACUACUUCUAUUCGAGUGAUUGGUAAGACAUCUUAUGUUGGUCAUAGACGUUUCUUGCCAUCCAAUCAUCGUAUGAGAAAAGACCGUGAAUUUGAUGGAAAUGUUGAGAAGAGACCUCCGCCAAGACGAUUUACUUGUUCUGAAAUAUUAGAACAAGUGAAUGCUCUAUCUGAACGUGCUCCGGGGAAACGAAAAAGAGGCGACACUGAAAAUAACUGGAGGAAAAAAAGUAUUUUUUAUGAACUUGAGUAUUGGAGUGCAAAUGAGUUGAAACACAACAUCGAUGUUAUGCAUGUUGAGAAGAAUGUUUGUGAUAGUAUCCUUGGCACUCUUUUGGAUAAUGACAAGUCUAAAGACACCACUAAUGCAAGACAAGAUUUGAAAAAUAUGAGAAUUCGUCAAUCCUUAUGGAUUUUCGAAGAUGCUCGUAAAAGAUUGCUAAAACCACAUGCCCCUUAUGUGUUAACUGCUAAUGAUAAGCAAUUGUUUUGUAAAUUUUUGAAGGACGUUAAAUUGCCAGAUGGAUUUUGUUCGAACUUGAAGAAGAAAGUAACUAAUGACAAUAUUGUUGGAUUGAAAUCCCAUGAUUGUCAUGUUAUAAUGCAAAGGUUACUUCCAGUUUGUAUUGGCAAGUUUUUGUCGAAGGAAGUAUCAAGCACCAUUAUAGAAUUGUGCAAUUUUUUCAGAAUUUUAUGUUCAAGGACAUUGAACGUAAAAGACAUGGAGAAGGCCCAGGGAGACCUUAUUCACAUUUUGUGCAAAAUGGAGAGAAUUUAUCCUCCAGCGUUUUUUGAUAUCAUGAUACAUUUGGUGAUCCAUUUACCCGAGGAAGCCAUAUUGGGCGGGCCAGUUUUUAUGAGGUGGAUGUACCCUUUUGAGAGGUAUAUGAAAAAGUUGAAAAAUUAUGUUAGGAACAAAGCAAGGCCGGAAGGAUCUAUUGCUGAAGGAUACGUUAUAGAUGAGGCUUUGACAUUUUGUUCCAUGUACUUCAAAGGUGUGCAUACAAAAUUCAACUGUCCUGAGCGCAAUGAAGAUGCUCCUAGUGUAUCUCGCUAUUUAACAGUGUAUAAAUCUCAAUGUCGUCCACUCGGUAAGCAAACAAUAACAACUCUCGAUGAAAAGACUCGCAAAAGAGCUGAGUGGUACAUAUUGCAGAAUUCUAGCGAGAUCGACCCUUAUAUGACAGAGCACCUUGAAAUAAUCGCACAAAGGGACCCGAAUGCCAACCAUAAUCUUUUACACAAAAAAGAAUUUCCUUCGUGGUUUCAUAAGAAGAUUUUUGAUUUGUAUAAGCUCGGGUCUUUAGAACACAGUGAUGAAUUGCUAGCUUUAGCAGCUGGCUCUGAUCUCGUUGUGUAUUCAUAUCCGGCAUGUAUAGUGAAUGGAGUUCGAUUUGUUGUACACAGUCGAGAUAAAGACCGUAAUACUCAAAAUAGUGGGGUGUCCGUUGCAGGGACAGAAGGUUUUGACUAUUUUGGGGAACUUCAAGAAAUAUUGCAUUUGUCCUUUAGUGGAGCAUAUUCAGUUGUAUUAUUUCGGUGUAAGUGGUUCAACACAGAUCCGAGAAAGAAAAAAAUCAUUAUCGAAAAUAAUAUCACUAGCAUAAAUGUUAGUGGUGUAUGGUACAAAGAUGAUCCGUACAUUCUUGCCAGUCAAGCUAAGCAAGUUUUCUUUGUGGAUGAUCUAGUUAGAGGUCGUAAUUGGAGAGUUGUUCAUAAUGUCCAUCACCGCCAAGUUUGGGAAAAUAUUUUGGAUGCUUCUAAUGAGACAGAUGAUGUUGAUGUUGUACAUGACACAAACUCAUCAAAUUUUACACUAUCAGUGGAUUUGGGGGAGUUGAAUGUCCAACGAACUAAUGAUUCUCCAACAAUUGUGGAUGUCCCUCAAAGUUCUGAGAUAGUUGCAAAUGUUGAUGAUAGUAGGGAUGAUGAAGAUGAAGAAAUUGCAGAAGACCUGGAGGAUGAUUUGCUUAUUGAUCAUCUUGAAGAUGAAAUUGAAGAAGUGCCUGCAACAAAUUUGCAUUUCAUUAGUGAUGAUGAUUGUGAAUAA